CAAGACUGAUGAAUGAGAUAGUUAUCUGUAACAUAAAAAUUUCUUUUGUUUUGUGGUAAAAGAGAAGGUGGAAACUUCCUACACAUUGGCUGUUUGUGCGUACUUAUCGGCAGCGAGUGGCAUUGAACUAUUAGCUUAGUCCUUUUUUAAACGUAACAUAUUGUAUACCAACGUUUUACACGAACGAAACUGUUGGAUCUUCCUUAAUCCUUUUUUACUUAUAAACCCACUCUUCUUACACACCCUGCUACCUUGCUAAACCGUACUUGUUUUUUUGGUAUAUAAUCAUUUGGUGGCUUUAGAUACGCAUAGUUCAUAAAUUUCCAUCUGGGUUCUUUUCUGUUGUGUCAAUUCUCUAAAGUUUUUGAAGAGUGGAGAUUUGAAGCACUUAAGUUUGUCUUUUGGCGAUCUGGGUUUGCUUUGGUAGAGGAUCAUGGGGAGCUCAGGUGAGAAGGUGGUUGCUGUGAUCAUGGUUGGAGGACCCACAAAAGGUACUAGAUUCCGUCCACUGUCAUUGAAUGUCCCAAAGCCACUCUUUCCUUUGGCAGGAGAACCAAUGGUCCAUCAUCCGAUUUCUGCUUGCAAAAGGAUUCCAAACCUGGCACAAAUAUUUCUCAUUGGUUUCUAUGAGGAGCGUGAAUUCGCAUUAUAUGUAUCUGCAAUCUCUAAUGAGCUUAAAGUCCCUGUGAGAUAUCUGAGGGAAGACAAGCCACUUGGUUCAGCUGGUGGACUCUAUAACUUCAGAGAUCUGAUCAUGGAAGACAGCCCGUCACACAUUUUCUUGCUCAAUUGUGAUGUAUGCUGCAGUUUUCCAUUGCCAGAAAUGCUUGAGGCUCAUAAAAGUUAUGGUGGAAUGGGAACAAUCCUAGUGAUUAAGGUUUCUGUGGAGUCCGCCAGUCAAUUUGGGGAGCUGGUAGCUGAUCCAACCACCAAUGAACUGUUGCAUUACACGGAGAAACCUGAGACUUUUGUUAGUGACCUGAUAAAUUGUGGUGUCUAUGUAUUCACACCAGAUAUUUUCACUGCCAUAGAGGGGGUUUCCACACAAAGGAAGGAUAGGGCUAAUCUGAGACGUCUAUCCAGUUUUGAAGCCCUCCAGUCAGCAACAAGGAGUCUGCCCUCAAAUUUUGUGAGGUUGGAUCAAGAUAUUCUCUCACCCCUAGCAGGGAAGAAGCAGCUAUUUACAUAUGAAACCAAGGACUUUUGGGAACAAAUCAAAACUCCAGGAAUGUCAUUGAGAUGCUCUUCUCUGUACCUUGCACAAUUCCGGCUCACUUCUCCAGAUCUUUUGGCUAAUGGGGAUGGCAUAAAGAGUGCAAAAUUUGUCGGUGAUGUUUAUGUUCAUCCAUCAGCAAAAAUACACCCAACUGCAAAGAUAGGACCCAAUGUCUCAAUAUCUGCAAAUGCUCGCAUAGGUGCGGGUGCAAGGCUCAUCAGUUGUAUCAUCCUUGAUGAUGUAGAAAUUAAGGAAAAUGCAGUUGUUAUUCAUGCUAUUGUUGGGUGGAAAUCUUCUAUUGGGACAUGGUCCCGAGUGCAGGCCAGUGGUGAUUACAAUGCAAAACUUGGGAUUACAAUUCUUGGUGAAUCAGUUUCUGUUGAAGAUGAGGUAGUGGUAAUUAACAGCAUUGUCCUCCCAAAUAAGACUCUCAAUGUCAGUGUUCAAGAGGAAAUAAUUCUAUGAUGCAACUUCUCUUAUGUCCUACAAAGGCAAAAAUAAUUCAAUGAUUCAAUCUCUUAUGUAUCAUAAGUUCAGCACUGGUUUUCCAGCUUUUUUCUUUUUCUUUUAAUAAAGGAACAUCGUCCUUAUUUUAUUAUUUCUGUAAAUUGAAGUCCCAAUAAAUCAGUAAUGAUAUCCCAAUUUUGUUCGACUUUU